GGUCUGAAGCCGGCCUAAAUGGAAUUCGAUCGAUUGCAACGCGAGCACGUGGUCCUCGAUGUUCGCGAUCGGAAAAUCGUGUUUUUGAAACUAUUUCUAGUUUCACCGGUUCCACUGUCAAUCAACGUUUCUUCCUUUCGUUCCGUUUCUCUUCGAUUCUCUCCUUUUCUAUUGGCAAACACGUGUCAUCGAGUAUCGUGUUCGUCUUCGCUAAGCAAGCUUCUAUAUCAGCGAUACGCGAGCCGGUUUCCCCUUCAUAUUUGUGCAAGACUUCGUGAACAUCGGACGCUUUUCUCCUCUCUAUUCGAAUAAGAAAAUCCUGUCGUUGUUUAACUAACAAUUCCAUUUAAAUGGAAACGUCGUCGUGUCUCUAUUAUAUUCUUAAUUAACCAGAGAAUUUAGGUUUAUUGCCGUGGAAACUUGAUCGGUCGUUUACGUAAGGAUUUACGAUUCUGCUUCAUCUUCGAGGAAAAUUUCACCGAAUACAAUCGUUUCACUCAUUGAUUGGAUCAGUCGAAAGGGAGAUUCGUUGACUGCCUGUAUAAAUAUUGAUCAUAGUGUCUCUUGAAGGGAAACUGUGCCAAUGUUGUUGAUUUAACUACUGAUUCUACUUCAUCUUCGAAGGAAACUACUUACUUCGAUUGUGUGUUUGAUCAUUGAUUUUAGCGUUUCUUCGAGGGAAACAGCGUUGAUCGGUCGAGUCUGUUUCUUUCUCAAGGAGCAGCAACGAAGAUGUUACAAUAACAGAAAAAUUCUUCAGUUAUCUCCACAGAGAACACGAAGGAUAUUAGUGUAUCGAGACAUUUUGUUCGUUGGAAGAUAGUCAAUGACGAUUGGAACGGAAAGAUACGUUUGACAUGAUUUAGUGUGACGUCGAGAGAGAAAGAUGGUUCGAUCGAGGGUGCCUUUAAUUGCUAAUUUCGUAACCUGCUGUUAAUUCGCCUGACAGUGAUACUAGUGGAUGUGGUUGGUAGUGCCUGAUUAAUCGUGAUCGAUAUUUCGAACGAAGAGCAACGAGAAGCGAUCAGUUUGGAGUUUCAUUUUGACGCCGUGAGACUAUCGUGAAUUAGACGUCGAAGAAUCGUUUGACGACAGCGAAAUGAAGGACGAGAAGAGUACUUCUAUAUUGCCCACUGAAACGACUCGAUUGAGACCAAGAUUGGAAAGUUUCGAUGAUGUUCUGCCGUAUGUCGGCGACUACGGAAGAUAUCAAUGGCUGUUGUUACUGUCGUUACUACCCUAUGGCACGACGUACGCGUUUCUGUAUUUCUCGCAAUUUUUCAUUACGAUUAUUCCCACGGAACACUGGUGCAGGAUAGACGAAUUAGUAAACUCGAAUUUCACCCAAGAAGAGAGGAUCAAAAUAGCAAUUCCACCGACGAACGUUUAUCCUUAUUACGAACAAUGUCAGCGGAAGGACCUAAACUUCACGGAGCUGUUGGAGAGCAACAAGAGUCUGAGCUCGUUGGACUUCCAAAUAAACGAAACGAUAAAAUGUACUCAAUGGGAGUACAAUUUCACGCAGAUUCCAUAUCCUAGUAUAGGAACUGAGCUAGAUUGGGUAUGCGACCGAGAAUACCUCGUAUCAACGGCGCAGGCCAUCUUCUUCUGUGGGUCCAUCAUCGGUGGAUUCCUAGUCGGUUGGAUCGCCGAUCACAAGGGUCGUAUUCCAGCUUUGAUGUUCUGCAACACUGUCGCCCUUUUUGCCUCCAUUUUCACUGCCAGCGCAAAUAGUUUUUGGUCAUUCGCCAUCUGCAGGUUCCUCACUGGAUUGGCGUUCGAUAACUGUAUCAACAUUCCUCUGAUUAUCGUGCUCGAAUAUAUGGCUGUGUCGAAACGAACGUUGGUCGUGAACAUCGCCUUUGGCGUAUACUUCGCAGUGGCCAGUACAAUUUUACCAUGGAUAGCUUACUAUAUCGCGAACUGGAGAUAUUUCACUUACGUCACUGCCAUACCUCUGUUAUCCGUUGCUAUCACACCGUGGAUUCUUCCCGAGAGCGCCCGGUGGUACGUUUCCAAUGGGAUGAUGGACAAAGUUGUUGAGAAACUACGAAGAAUAGCUAGGAUCAACCGUAGAAAUCCGGACUCGCGUAUUUACGAUAUAUUCGUAAGUAACAUGGAGUCAUCGGACAAAAUUCAAGAAACAGCAACGCUGCUCGAUCUGUUCAAAACGCCCCGGUUGGCGAAAAACACUAUUCUUCUAGUUGCAUUCUGGUGUUUCACCGUGAUCUCGUUCGACGCCCACGUGUAUUCGUUAAAACUUAUCCAGAGCUCGGUGUUCGUGUCGUUCUCGAUCGCCUGUGCCACAGAACUUCCAGCUGGGUUAUUGCUCGCCCUGUUGCUCGACCGAUGGGGUCGUAGACUCUGCGGAUUUCUCACUCUGGCAAUGACCUGUGUACUCAGUAUCGCUGAACUUAUACUGCAGUCCAUGACCGCGAAAUUAGUAAUGUCAGUAUUGUCGCGAUUCUGUCUGAAUAUGGCAGCCAAUGUUGGUCUUCAGUAUGCAGCAGAACUUCUACCCACACCAGUCAGAUCGCAGGGCGUAUCUUUCAUUCAUAUUUUCGGAAUAAUUGCACACACUUUGGCGCCAUAUAUCACUGACUCGGUUGCAAUUUGGGAGGGAUUUCCAAUGCUGAUUAUCAGCACGGUGUCCUUUUUUGGCGCCGCACUGGUCCUGUUUCUGCCGGAAACUGUCGGCCAGAAUCUUCCUCAGACCAUCAAGCAAGGCGAAGAAUUCGGAAGGGACCAACAUUUCUGGUCGUUGCCUUGCUACCAUAAGACACACUUCAAUAGACAUCAACACUAUCACUCCUGUGAACGAUAAUUAUCUGAUUUUUAAUAAUAAUUCAAUUAAAAGGCACGAAGAAAGAUCAGUCUGACGAUUUUUGUACGAGAAAAAAUCGAACAUAUUAUUUUUCUAUUCUCCUACGUUAAUUUUUAUUUUUAUCGUUUACGUUUAAGAAUUUGUAAGCCUUAAUUCUAAGAAGGGCGAGCCUAGAAAUCCUGUUCCUGUAUAAUUUUUAUUAUUAUCUUUUAAGUGCUUUUAUAAUUUUAAUGCUAAUUUUCAUUUGCGAUACAAACGUUCGAAUCGUUCAGCGGUUGGUGCUAAUUUUAUAAUCAAAGAUUACGUGGAAUAAUAUUGAAAUUGUUAUGUAAAUUAUUAAUUAGAGAUGUGUUAAUUACAUUGAAAUUUUUGAUUCCUUUAAUGUUUUUAACAUUUUUUACUGGAAUAUACUGGAUAGAAUCUUGUUUAAAAGAAAUAGUGCGUUUAGAUAAUUUUUCUUUGUGGAAAGAAAAAGUUUUAUAUCUUUUGAACGAUUAUCCACGUAUUUUUAAAGAUUACUUAACAUUUUUUACUUCGUUUUACUUAAAACUCUUAAAACUUGAAAAUUUGCUUCUGUUCGUUAUAUUCUUUUAUACAAUUUUAAAUAACGUACAAUAUUAAUAAAAUUCGAACUUGAAGACUUUUUUAAUUAUUGUUAUAAUUUCUUUAGCACCAACUGCUGGGUUUAUCUAUCUAAAACGAGUUGUGCGUACGUUUAAAAAAAAGUAGCUCUGAUUGACUGUUUCUAUGAUUUAGGAAGAAGAAAAAAAGAAAGAAAAGAAUAUAUUGUAAGCGUGCCAUCGUAUGACGAUCAGUGUUCGUCGUUGUGCCAAUAACAACGCAAUUAAUCUGAAGAAUACCUAUUCAUAGUAUUCAUAAUCAUCCUCCUACUUCACUCACAUAUACACUCACGCAUACACUCACGUCCAUAGGAUUAAUUCACCGAAUAAAACUUCCAUAAACCUUAAUCUAAGAAACAA